AUGUCUAGCAGAGAAUCGUCGCCGAGGAGGAAGAAGCAUAGGAAGGUGGGUGUUUUUUUGGGGAAUUUGAGCUCUUGGAGCUGAAAAUUGAGAAAGUAUGAAGUUUUUAACUGGGAAAUUCACUAAAAAGCUAAAAUUUUCGAGUUUUUGUCUCGAGAAUUUUGAAUUCCACGAAAAAAAUUGUCUGAAAAACCACAAGGAAAAAAUACGCUUCAAAAUUUUCGUAAUUGAAAUUUUUGAAUUUUGAUUUUGAUAUCCUUCGAGUUUGUUUUAUUUUAUAAAAACAACAAAAUACCAAGUUCUUUGAAAUUUUCUUCACUUUUCUGAAAGUUCCAAAAAAUAGUGAAAAAAAAUCAUAGCUUCAAUUUUUCAUUAAAAUUCCACGUCAUCAAAUUUAUGAAAAUUUCAAAAAAAUUUGUCUCAAAAACCACCAAGCAAAAUUACGUUUCAAUAUUUUCGUAAUUGAAAUUUUGGAAUUUUUAUUUUGAUAAGUUGCCUUCUGUGGUUACAAAAAAUGAUAAAUAAAAAUACAACUUUCUCUUUAUGAAAUUUUCUCUAUGAAAAAAAAAACCACGUGGAAUUUGAUAAAGCUUUUCUGAAAAAUUUUGAAAAUCAUUACUUUAAUUUUCAGCAAAUUUAUGCACAUUUCAAAGCAAAACUAAUUUUGGUGCAAAAAUCCCUGAAAAACCUCAGGGAUUCGAAAAUGUUAAUCGGCGGACAAAAUACUUGUCAGCGAUUAAAAUGGGAUGAAAAUAUUCAUCGCCAAUUAAUCGUUUGAAGAAACAACGAAACUCCGCCGAACGAUUAAUCGGCGGACAACUUUUUCAUCGCGGCCACGGCCAAAACCUAUCCUAGAUUCUAGUUACUUUAUCACCAGCAUUUGAUGCAUCUCUAGAAAAGCGCCUUUGGUUAAGUGGUAGAGUGUCAGGCUGCCGACUGUGAGACCUGGGUUCGAUUUUACCUCAGCGCGAUAUUUUUUUUCUAGAAGGAUGUUUCUUGUGAAAUCGAGCAAAUUCGCUCUACCGCACACCAAGCGAUUAAGAGACAUUAUUUAUAAAAAUGUGAAUUCCUAUAGUAUGCGUGGUACAAAAAAUUUUCAAAUUUGCUAAUUUUUGGCUGGUUGGUAGCCCCUUAGCUAUAGAACAUAUUCCCGGAGUAAAAUAAUAAAAAAAUGUUUUUUGGUGGAUGGUGGACACCAAUGUAUGUCAAAACUUCAAUAAAUCAUUACUUUACUCUCCGUGAAUAAUUUUUCGAUGUAUAAACGUCAUUCUGCUCAGAAUUUGAAGGGCUUCAAUUUAGAAAUACAAAUGAAAAAAAAUUCGACUUACCCUAACUUUUGAAAAUUGAACAAAAUUUUCAAAGUCAAAAAUCGAUAUUAGGGGGACUUUGUUGCUCGCUGAAUUUGGAUUUAUCGGAUUCCUCGCCCCUUUUUACGUACCCUCCAAUCAUAAAAUCAAAAUUAACCCUCCCGCCUCAUGGGUGCCCAGAUCACUUUUUGCUCCCCACUCGCGUUUUUUCUCGAAUUUUUUGGGUGGAUUACUAUCUGGCAGACUUUUUGCGCCCGUCACGACGGUCGGUGAACACAACAUUUUUUUAUUUUUGCUAAUUUGAGUUUCUAAACAUUUUUUCAUCAUUUAAAAUGUAUAUUAUCACAAUUUAUUCUUCACCCACUCAUGUUGUCGCCAAUGGUGACACCAAAUAUUGAACCAUCACCAAUUUGUUUGAAACUUGGUGUAUUUAUGUAAUUGAACACUUUAAACAACAUCCUAUAUUUUCAUUUUGAUAAAAGUUUUGUUACAAUCGAAUUUUUGACUAUUCCAUAUUCUGCUAUGUUGUUUCACGCAAUUCGAGAAGUUUAUCGCUCAUUCGAAGUUUUUCGAGAAAGAUUUGGUCUGGGGGCCACUUUUAUCAGAAAUAAAAUAUAGGAUGUUGUUUAAAAUGUUCAAUUACAUGAAUACACCAAGUUUCGAACAAGUUGGUGAUGGUUCAAUAUUUGGUGUCACCAUUGGCGACAACAUGAGUGGGUGAAGAAUAAAUUGUGAUAAUAUACAUUUUAAAUGAUGAAAAAAUGUUUAGAAACUCAAAUUAGCAAAAAUAAAAAAAUGUUGUGUUCACCGAUUGUCGUGACGGGCGCAAAAAGUCUGCCAGAUAGUAAUCCACCCAAAAAAUUCGGGAAAAAACGCGAGUGGGGAACAAAAAGUGAUCUGGGCACCCAUGAGGCGGGAGGGUUAAUUUUGAUUUUAUGAUUGGAGGGUACGUAAAAAGGGACGAGGAAUUCGAUAAAUCCAAAUUCAGCGAGCAACAAAGUCCCCCUAAUAUCGAUUUUUGACUUUGAAAAUUUUGUUCAAUUUUCAAAAGUUAGGGUAAGUCGAAUUUUUUUCUUUUGUAUUUCUAAAUUGAAGCCCUUCAAAUUCUGAGCAGAAUGACGUUUAUACAUCGAAAAAUUAUUCACGGAGAGUAAAGUAAUGAUUUAUUGAAGUUUUGACAUACAUUGGUGUCCACCAUCCACCAAAAACAUUUUUUUGUUAUUUUACUCCGGGAAUAUGUUCUAUAGCUAAGGGGCUACCAACCAGCCAAAAAUUAGCAAAUUUGAAAAUUUUUUGUACCACAGGAUUUUUCUUCUUACAAAAAACGUCUCUUAAAACGCGAUUGAAACGAGAUUAAUCUCAAGUUGUCCGCUGAGUUCCUCGCCGAUUAACAUUUUCAAAUCCCUGAGACCCGCCAGGAAAAAUACGUUUCAAUGUUUUGAUGAAUGGAAUUUGGAAUUUUGAUUUUGAUAACAAAUCCCGGUUUUUUGCUAUAAAAUUAUUAAAAAAGAGAUUUCUCAGAAAAUUUUUGAUUUUCUGGCGCUAAUAAAAAUUAUAGUAAUUUUUUUUGAAAAAAAUAGGCGGUGCAAAACCAAGUGCGCUCUAAUGGCAAACUCUUCCGAACACAGAAGCCUAUUCAAAAACAUCUAGAAUAUUUGCAGCAUCGCCAUCGAAGUCGUCGCUCGCGAUCUCGAACCCGCUCACGCUCUCGAAGUCAUGAUCGAAAAUCGAAAAUCCACAUAAAUCCGAUGUUUGGCUAUCCACAUCCAUCUUCAUCUUCUUCAUCUUCAAAUCAGCCUUCAACUUCAUCAAUUUCAGCAACACAACAAUAUUAUGAGCAUGAAUUGACGCGGUUGAAAACGCAAUUAUACAAUGAGCAAAAUAAUCAUCAGAUGGCUAUACAGCGAUUGAAUAUGAUGUCGAAUGAGAUGAGGAUUUUGGGAAAUGCGAAAAUGAUUAGUGAUAAGAGAUUGAUGGAGAUGUCGAAUGAGAAGAGGAUUAUUGUUGAGAGUCAGAGUGAAAUGAGAUUUGUGAGUGGGAAUUUCGGGAUUUUGGGGAAAAUUUGGGAAUUUUUGAGAGGGUUGGAAGGGUUCCUAAUCAAAAUUUUAACAAAAUUCUGAUUUUUUAGUCUAAACAUGAAUAGUUUUAGCCUAAUUCGUAGAUUUCGGGAUUUUUAGAAUCUGAAUAUGAUUUGGAGUGGGUUUUGGAUGAUUUCCAAUCAAAAUUUUGAGAAAAUUCUGAUUUUUUGAACCUAAAUUUGACUAGGAACAGAUUCUGAGUGGUUCAGAAGGUUUCUAAUCGAAAUUCUGAGAAAAUGCUGAUUUUUUGAGUCCAACCAUGGAUAUUUCUAGCCUAAUUCGUAGAUUUUGGAUUUUUUUGAAUCUAAAUUUGAUUGGGAGUGGAUUUUGGAAGGUUUCUAAUCAAAAUUUUGAGAAAAUUCUGAUUUUUUGAGUCUAAACAUGAAUAUUUCUAGCCUAAUUCGUAGAUUUCGGGAUUUUUUGAUCCUGAAUUUGACUAGGAACAGAUUCUGAACGGUUUAGAAUCGAAAAAACCUUAUUUCAACCUUAAAAUCAAGUUAGCCUAACUCAAAGCUGAUUCACAAGAAACUUUUUUCUCAAAAAUUCAAUUUUUAGGUCUAAAAUAUCUGGAUUCUCUAAAAAUUCUGAAAAUCCCACAAUCUCCCUCCCAAAACCAAAAAAUUUUCCAGCGCCUCAAAUCGCUCGAAGAAACUGUCCAAAAAAUGGAGAAGAAUCAACUCGACUCCAUAGCCAAACUCGAAGCAAAAGACGAAGAAAUCAAAAAUCUCGUCUAUCAAAUCGAUGUGACAAAACAGCAAAACGAGGGAUUGAACGAGCGAAAUACGGAGCUGAAGGGAAAAUGCGAAGUGCUGGUGGCGAGGAAUCGAGAAAUUCAGGCGGAUGUCGAGGCGAAUCGCAGGAAUUUUGAGAUGGCGAAGAUGAAUGUGAAUCGGGUGGAUGCGGAUUUGCAAUUGGCAAGGAUUGAAAUACAGUGAGUGGGAAUUCGAUGAAAAUACGCUCUAGUGGCGGAUUUUGAGCCAUUUUUCAUGAAAAAUCGAUAAUUUUGUAGUCAAAUGCGCUCUAAAGGUGAAAACUUUCAAUUCUCAUUAGAGCGCACUUGGAAUUUCCUCUGAAAAAUACGUUUCAAAAUGUUUGGAAGAUUGAAUUAGGGUUUCGAAAUUGAUAAAUUUUCUGAAUUUUGAAACGUAUUUUCAGAGGAUUUUUUUGAAGUUCCUGAAUUUUCACUGGAUUUUGUUCACGCUGAAACAAUUGACUGGAAAUUUCAAGCGCGCCCUAAUGAGAAUUCAAGUUUUUGAUUGGAAAAUUUGUGAAAUUUCAUCAGAUAUAUUAUUAAUUUCACAAAAUAAUUCCAAUUUUCCCAAAAUUCUGAAACGUAUUUUUUUUGGCGAAUCAAAAAUGAUCUAUUUUCAAAAAAAAAUUUUGAAGUUCCUGAAUUUUCACAUGAUUUUGUUCAAUCUGAAUUUUUUUUUAAUGUUCUGACUGGAAAUUACAAGUGCGCCCUAAUGAGAAUUUAAGUUUUUGAUUCAAAAAUUUGUGAAAUUUCAUCAGAUGUUUUAUUAAUUUCACAAAAUAAUUCCAAUUUUCACAAAAUUUUGAAACGUAUUUUUUUGGCGAAUUUUAUUCAGUGUGAAAAAUAAUGAGGUUUUCACUGUAAAUUACAAGUGCGCUCUAAUGAAAAUUCGAAUUCAAAUUUUUGGGACAAAAUGCGCUAUAGUGAUAAAUAAUGGCGGAUUUUGAGAAAUUUUUCAUCAAAAAAUCGAUAAUUUUUGGUCUAAAUGCGCUCUAAAGGUGAAAACUUGAAUUCUCAUUAGGGCGCACUUGGAAUUUCCAGACAAAUUUAUUUUGCUCCGAAAAAUACGUUUCAAAAUGUUUGGAAGAUUGAAUUAAGGUUUCGAAAUUGAUAAAUUUUCUCAAUUUUGAAACGUAUUUUCAGAGGAUCUUUUGAAGUUCCUGAAUUUUCACUUGAUUUUGUUCGAUCUGAAAUUUUUUUUUCAGUUUUGACUGGAAAUUUCAAGCGCACCCUAAUGAGAUUUCAAGUUUUUGAUGCGAAAAUAUUGGCAGUAUCAUCAGAUGCAUUAUUAAUUUCCAAUUUUCCCAAAAUUUUGAAACGUAUUUUUUUUGGCGAAUUUUAUUCAGUCUGAAAAAUAAUGAAGUUUUGACUGAAAACUACAAGUGCGCUCCAAGGAUAAAAACACAAAAUUUUCCUCAAAUUUUUUUUCUAGGCGCCUUAUGAAAGAAGUGGAAAAUAAUAAAGAAAAAGAGGAUUUCUGGCAAAAAGAAAAAUCAGCGCUCGACACAAAAAUCUCGAAAAAAGACGACGAAAUCCGCCAAAACGCUCAAAAACAUCAAGAAACUCUCGAAAAAUCACAAAAUCAAAUCGGAAAACUCGAAAAUCGUCUGAAAAACGAGAAACCCGCGUAUCAACAAGAAUUGACGACUGAAGCAAUUUAUCAGGUGAUUGAGAAAAUCAAAAAGAAUUAUGGAGAACAAUUGGAGAAAUUGGAGGAGGAAGUGGAGAAAUUGAAGAGACGCAGAGAGGAAAAAGCGGCUGGAUUUGAGGAGAUUGAAGAGUUGCCCGAUUAUUUGCAGACGCCGAUGAAACCGAAGCCAAAUGUUAUUUUACCGGCCAGAAAUGAGUUUAGGUAGGGAUUUUUGGGUGGGGAGAGGAGAAAAUUUGGAUUCGCGGGGACUUUUUGACCCGGGAAAUGGGGAAAGUUCAAAUUUCCCGCCGAAAAGUUUUGAAAAAUCGUUGCGAGACCCAACAUUUGACCCAGGGAACUUUGAAAAUUCAAAUUCCCGCCGAAAAUUUUGAAAAAUCGCUUCGAGAUCUAAUUUUUCACCCCGUGAAUUAGAAAAAUUCAAAUUUACCGCCGAAAGUUUUGGAAAAUCAUUACGAGACUCAAAAUUUGACCGGGAGUUUCAAAAAUUCAAAUUUCCCGCCGAAAGUUUUGAAAAAUCGUGGCGAGACUCAAAAUUCGACCGGGAACUUUGAAAAUUCAAAUUUUCUAUUGGAAAGUUUUGAAAAAUCUUUGCGAGGCCCGAAAUUUGAUCCUGGGAAAUUGAAAAAUUCAAAUUUCCUAUCGGAAAGUUUUGAAAAAUCGUGGCGAGACUCUAAAUUUGACCCCGGGAAAUCGGAAAAUUCAAAUUUCCGGCCGAAAGUUUGAAAAAUUCUUUGGAUUUAAAGAAAAUCGCGAUGAGACCCAAUUUUUCACCCCGCGAAUUUCAAAAAUGCAAAUUAUCCACAAAAUUUGAAUGUUCUAAUUUCCCGCACAAAAAACCCACCCGCCAAACCACAACAAUUCAAAUUUUUCAGACCCCUUCGUCCUUCAAGUGGUCCCCCGAUGGAUUCCCCCUCCCAAUAUCAAAAAUAUCGAAAUCAACAAGAAGCCGACGAUUUUGGCUAUAAUAAUCCAGAGGAUUUGACAUGUAUUGAUGCAAUUUACGAAGAAGAGGAUUUAUUGAGUGGAGGAGAACCCAUUCCUAUUGAUAAUGUCGAAUUUAUUGAAAAACAGAUUUUUGGCGAUGAUUAG